AUGUCGAAUUCCACCCGACCCCAGCGUCGUCUGUGCGACGAAAUCUCCCCAUCUUGUCCAGUCGAGCUGACGACAUACGGCUACUAUCCUAAUCUGGGCGCCAAUGCAUUCUUCGUCGCGCUUUUUGGUGUCUGCUUGAUUGCAACGCUGUUUCUUGGAAUUCGGAAACGAACAUGGACCUACAUGGCUGUACUCACGAUCGGCACUUUCGGAGAAGCCGUUGGCUAUGUCGGGCGGAUCUUGAUGCAUGACAACCCGUGGAGCGACGCCGGGUUUAAGACACAAAUUUGUUGCUUGGUGCUGGCCCCCAGCUUCCUUGCCGCCGGCAUUUACGUUACACUGAAGCAUAUUGUGCGGUAUUGCGGGGCCGAGCACUCGAGACUGAAGCCCAGGCUCUAUCCUUGGAUCUUCAUCGGAUGUGAUUUUGGGUCGAUCAUCCUACAAGCCAUUGGUGGUGGCAUUGCUGCAGGUGCUGGCGACAACCUCCGGAACCCCAAGCUCCUCGACGUUGGCAACGGCAUGAUUGUGGCGGGAAUUGCUUUCCAGGUGGCUACAAUGGCCGUCUGCGGCAUCUUGAUGCUGGAUUACUUCAUUCGCUUCAAGAAGGCCAAGAAGAACGCGCCCACGUCGCAUGUGGAAAGCGAUUACGAGAAAGAUCAACAUGCACCCAAAAAGGCACGCAACUUUCGCCUCUUUUGCUAUGCCAUCGCUCUCGCCUAUACAACCAUCCUCAUUCGAUGCAUAUACCGAAUACCUGAAAUGGCUGGCGGCUGGGGUAAUCCUUUGAUGCGGAACGAGACAGAGUUCCUGCUUCUUGAUGGAAUGAUGGUGGCGAUUUCAUGCGUCGCCAUGACCGUGGUCCAUCCUGGAUAUUUCUGCAAGCCAGGCUUCUUCGAUGUGAAUUUCAAAAACUCCAAAGACGUGGGUUCCCAAUCGGAAGAGGAUAAUUCGGCGCCUACUCUAGAGCGGCAUACCGAGUCUGAAAAAUGA